AUGGAUCUUGUCGCAGGUGUUCGCAAAGAAGGCAGCCGCGGCGGCCGCGGCGAGUUUAAAUGGUCUGAUGUGAAGGAUUCUACACAUCGCGAGAAUUACCUCGGCCAUUCUCUUAUGGCCCCCGUCGGUCGCUGGCAACAAGGUCGUGAUCUACAAUGGUAUGCCAAGGGCGACAUAACCGCGGAAGAGCAGGCUCGAAGGGACCGUGAGGAGCUACAACGGGUCAAACAAGCUGAGGAAGAAGCCAUGGCACGAGCCUUGGGCCUACCUCUACCACCGUCGAGUGCGGAUACCAAUGCAAACCUUACACCUCUAGGCGAAAGGGAGCCGGAGACUGUGGUUCAGGGUCCAGCUGAUAGGAAGAGAGAACGGAGAAGCAUCACGAUGAGCGCGAAAGUCAUCAUCGGGGCCACCGUCAGCGAUCGAGAUCCCGGUCUCGUGAUCGCGAACGCCGGAGAAGGCGAACACGUUCGCGGUCCACGAGCAGAGUAA